AUGGAAGACGCAAUCUGCACCCUUGUCACCCAGUUCAAGACAUACGCUGGCAAAGAUGGAUCCGCCAGCACCCUGAGCAAAGAGGAAUUCCAAAACCUGGUGACUUCUCAGCUUCCCAACUAUGUCAAGAACGCUAACGACCCUGCGGCGAUCGACAAGCUCAUGGGUUCCCUGGAUGAAAACAACGAUGGGGAGUUGACGUUCUCUGAAUUCUGGCAGCUGAUUGGAAAACUGGCAGGCAAGCAGGGUGGCUUCAGCCAGUAG